ACUACUCCUAUAUAAAGUACAGUAUAAACAUAGGAAGAGAGUUUAAAGCUCUACGGAGUGAAGCAAGAAGUUUCAGAAAUGGCGGCUUUGAGGCUUCUCUCUCGCUCCUUACGCUCUUCUUCUUCUUCUUCUUCUUCAUCUCUUCCUCUACUUUCUCGAGGUAAGAACUCUUACCUUGGCAGAGGAGGCUGGAAAUAUAGCACUGCUGCUGCUAUUGAGGAGCCAAUCAAGCCAUCCCUGACAAUAGACCACACUCAGCUCCUUAUCAAUGGAAAAUUUGUAGAUGCAGCAUCUGGGAAAACAUUUUCGACUUUGGAUCCUAGGACAGGGGAGGUGAUUGCUGACGUUGCUGAAGGUGAUGCAGAAGACAUCAACAAAGCAGUCUCUGCAGCUCGCAAGGCCUUUGAUGAAGGACCAUGGCCCAAAAUGACUGCUUAUGAAAGAUCUCGGAUAUUGUUGCGCUUUGCUGAUUUGGUUGAAAAGCAUAAUGAUGAAAUUGCAGCACUUGAGACUUGGGAUAAUGGGAAGCCAUAUGAACAGUCUGCCACCAUUGAAGUACCAAUGUUUGUACGCCUCUUUCGGUAUUAUGCUGGUUGGGCAGAUAAAAUUCACGGUCUCACAGUUCCUGCUGAUGGACCAUAUCACGUGCAAACGCUGCGUGAACCAAUUGGCGUUGCUGGACAGAUUAUCCCCUGGAAUUUUCCUCUUCUCAUGUUUGCUUGGAAAGUUGGACCUGCAUUAGCAUGUGGUAACACUGUUGUUCUAAAAACAGCAGAACAGACCCCAUUGUCUGCUCUCUACGUUUCAAAACUAAUGCACGAGGCUGGCCUUCCUCCAGGUGUUCUGAACGUGGUUUCUGGUUUCGGUCCCACUGCUGGUGCAUCUCUAGCCAGUCAUAUGGAUGUUGACAAGAUCGCUUUCACUGGAUCAACAGCAACCGGAAAAAUUAUACUCCAAUUGGCAGCUACAAGCAAUCUUAAGAAAACGACUUUGGAGCUCGGCGGGAAAUCUCCCUUCAUUGUAUGUGAGGAUGCGGAUGUGGAUCAGGCUGUCGAACUGGCUCACUUUGCUCUAUUCUUUAACCAGGGACAAUGCUGCUGUGCUGGCUCUCGCACAUACGUACAUGAGCGUGUAUAUGAUGAGUUUUUAGAGAAAGCCAAGGCACGUGCUAUUCAACGUUCUGUUGGUGAUCCUUUUAAGGGUGGAAUUGAACAAGGGCCUCAGAUUGAUUCAGAGCAAUUUGAAAAGAUUCUGAGGUGUAUAAGAGCUGGUAUCGAUGGCGGAGCUACCCUCGAAACUGGAGGGGGGAGAUUUGGCACAAAAGGUUACUAUAUUAAGCCCACUGUGUUCUCAAAUGUUCAGGAUGACAUGUUGAUAGCAAAGGAAGAAAUCUUUGGUCCAGUGCAGUCUAUCUUGAAAUACAAGGAUCUCGGUGAAGUUAUACGAAGAGCGAAUGCCUCUCGCUACGGACUGGCUGCUGGAGUCUUUACCCAAAACAUCGACACUGCCAACACUUUGACACGGGCAUUGAGAGUUGGGACGGUGUGGGUUAAUUGCUUUGACAUAUUUGAUGCAGCGAUUCCCUUUGGCGGGUAUAAGAUGAGUGGACAGGGCAGAGAGAAGGGUGUCUACAGUCUUGACAACUACUUGCAAGUGAAGGCUGUCGUUACACCAUUGAAGAAUCCAGCAUGGCUAUAACCUUCGUGUUCUGUGCUUCAAAAAUAAAGAGAUCGCUUCCAAAUCCGAGAUGGUUUUUUUUGUUUGUCCGAUUUGCAUGAUGGGGUUGAUGAUGAUGAUCAAAUUCUUGCUUUCACGAUAAAACUGGAUCAUUUGGUAUAAUUGCAACUUUGUUUCCAAUUUUUCCAA